AUGGGUGAUCCUGGUCUCUUGGAGCACCCCAACCCUGCUGUUAAGGAACGACUGCAAAGCUUCUCCGAACUUGGAGAGCUACGCUGCAAGUUGGCUGAAUGGCUAAACAAACCGGGAUCACUUCAAAUUUGGAGGUACGGUGUUGCAAUGGCACGGAAGUUUUUCAAAGAGCGAACUGCUUCUGCGUAUGGCAUGGAUCCAGAAGUGUUGGUGGAGCUUUAUGGCAAGCCAGACGAGUAUGACGUGGAAACAUGCUCCAAUGAAUCCCUGGUUUAUCUCCUCUGUCAUGGAAGUGAUGUAGACCUCUUGAUUGGGUCUGGCAUUCAAACAAAAAUUAUAAAUGCCCAGUCUGACGAUGGUGUAAUGAUUGAACGCGAGUCACAAUCGAUGGAAGAGGCUGCAAUACGACUGAAUUCGUCUUUCACAGCGAAGUUUCAUGGGCCAGUCGCCCUGUGGUUGAAGACAGGUCUAGAAAUAUAUAAGAAGCUUUACAAUGAAAACAUACACUAUGGAAAGGCGAUAACAGUUCUUCAAAGUAGUGGAACAGGGAAGUCGAGGGCCGCGGCUGAACUCGCAAAAUCGUACCCCAUUCAAUCUCAGGAUCCCACGAAGUAUUGGGGUGUCAGCAUCUGUUUUCGUGGGAUGGGACACAAUUUCAAGCGAACACCAGAUCCCCGAGAUGGGUUCCCCCUUGGCGAUAUCCCCGUCUUCGAAUUCUUAACCAAGCCAUCUAAAGUUCUCCCACCAGAGGUGGUGUUAAACCUUGGACCUUUAAAGAGUGAAGAGAUUGCAGCUGCCUUCCUAGGGGCCUUUUGUGCCGUCCUGUAUGAGACGAUGGUAGAUGCGAGGCGUGGUCGCGAUACCGCCCAAGCCAAAAUAGUUUUUGAUCCUGCUUGGGGUAUCCCUGGUAAACACCCGGAGAACUCGCCGCGCUACAAAAAUUUUGUAAAGGUGCAGGGCAAAGCUAUUGCCUUGCUAACUGAAGGCGUCGCAGGUGUAUUAAAAGCACGUGACAUCAGAACCGUUUCUACGAAAUCCUCGCCUCAGAUUCCUCAAGGCGAGCAAGACAACUCUGGCAAUCAAAUGGAGAUAAGUGCUGCCAUCUCUGCCGUCAGUUCAGGCUCUGCUGCUCCGCUGGAGGCAACAAAAGGAACUCCCUCCACAUCAAGGAAGAAGGGUAUCGGCCCAUGGGUACAGGAGCUGCACAACGUCCUCGUUAAGCCAUCUGCAGAAGCUUUAAACCAGGAACUGACUGAACUAGGAUUAUCUUCCUUCAUCUUUACGUUCGAUGAAUGUUGUUUACUCAACUUCACUCCAAGAGAACGAGCAGAGGACCGUAUCACGCUCCUUGCAAUGCAGAGGGCUAUCAAAGCUUGCGAUCGACUUGGAUUCUGGUUCUUGAUGCUUGAUACGACAGCUGGGUUGGGAGACAUUUACCCUAACGCAGAUGAAACAGCAAACUCGUGGCGCCUUCAGAAUGAUUUUAAACCUCUUCCACCCUUCCCAUUCAUGCCAUACGACGUUAUGGUACCUUCACCAGAGACGCUAUCCAAAAUACCAAUGCACACUCUACAACUAGACAAUCUCUGCAAGUAUGGUCGACCGUUGUGGUCACUGUAUCAUGACGAUGAAAUUAUGUGUGCAGCAGCUAGAAAAUUACUCUGCGCCAGACCUGAGCAAUUCCUCCAUGCCAACACCAACGUUAAGUCAGACGCUCGAAACUUACAGGUCUUGGCUUUACAUUCAACCCGGUUUAUUCUAAACCUGUAUGCUGAGGGUGCAGCCAAGACGAUGGCUAUCAACUCCGUCAAGAGCCAUAUGCGUCUUCUCACAGAUUAUGAUGCUGAGACAGGCAUUCUCAAAUCCGUAGUUCCAUCUGAGCCAAUACUGGCUAUCGCAGCUGGGUGGCUUCUUCUCAGCGAAAAGGAAGUCUACAUAGCCGCGAUGCGGACCCUAGUCGAAGAACUUCUCCUUGCGAACGACAUAAUUUCUAUCGGCGAAAAAGGCGAGACUUUGGCGCGCAUCAUCCUGAUCGUAACUCGUGAUGCCACUGUUGCUGCAGCAGGGGGUCAACUGUGUAAUGUUGAUACCUCCUCCAAACCGAACAAGAUAGUUGAAGAGAACAAUCGAGGAUCACAUCUGCAAUUGGCUGUGCGGCCGUUCACUCUGAAGUUGUUCCUUCAAAAUCUACUGAAUGAAGAACAUAUUCGAAAAGCGGGUCUUCAGUGGACAGAAGAUGUACACCUAAAUUUCACCCACUUCGCACAGCUCUCCAACUUUGUGGACGAGACUGUUACGGUUGAGUUUCUGGUGAUGUGCUGGCAAAGGGGUGUGGCACUACAAUGCGUGCACAAUCAAGCCGUCAUUGAUGCAAUCCUCGUUGGUUAUAGUGGCGACUUGUCCGAACCUUUCGAUCCCGAAAAGUUUGUCUUUGUUGUUUUGCAGUUUAAGAACCGAGGCGCAGCAGCGGAAUUAUCUUUGAUCAAGACUAUUACCACCCCGUUCAUUAAAUUUAAAUCAAAAACCUGGAAGCCAAGAUAUAUAGCAAUCUUGAUGGACCUCGGCACACCAACUCGCUUUGGGAACAAGAAUGGUCCGUGCGUUCAAAUCACAAGUUGUAAAGCGGAAGAAGGCCAGUACUGGUCGGCAUUCGAUGAGUCUCAAGAAGUCGAGGCCGAUCGUAUCAACAUCCGCGGAUACGAUGCUUAUUCCUCCUUGGCAGAAUGGGCACCCGCGAUGCUAUAUUUCCAAACUUCGAACGCCGACAGCACCGGUUUAUCCACUGAUGUAUUGGAACAGCGCAACGGAGGAGAGGACAUUGGAGAACGCAUCACCAGUGGGAGUGUGGCAAGACAGGGCAAGACUGGACUGGUUGUAGACAAUCAGGCCAAUGGAAUUGCGAGAAGGUGGUCGCUGGUGGAUGUUACAGCACUCGAAGCCGCUGACGCGGAGAAUGCUGCCGGGGAUGUCGUGGAGGAUGCUCCAGUGCUUGUUCCAACGAUGACUGAGUAUGGUGCGGUCGUUGUCGAUGUUGCCUGA